AUGGCUUCCGCCCCUGCUCCAGUUGAGGGUUUAGCCACAAUUCACAUUUCCGUCAACACCAUUGCUUCUGGGAGGUGGCCACAGGAUAUUUUGGCUGAUCUCAGCAAGCAACAUCAGCUCCCCAUCGACUUUCAAUUCAAACCCUUUCAUCGGAUCUGGAUCGCCAUGGCCCAUAGGAACUCACUCGAUGUUUGGCGAUUUGCCAUCGUCCGACUCUUGGCUCUGGCAAUCUAUACCCAUACAACCGACAAGACCACCACUCUUUCAAAAUUGAUUAUCAAUGAAGCCAGUCUGAUGUAG